AUGGCUGCAUCCUGGUGCGCCCUUCGUGGCACUCGCCAGCUUGCUCUUCGGACUCGGCUGCGCUCUGCCCCUUCCCCCGUUGCAUUCCGCAGAGCUUCUCCGUCCUCUCCCUUCCGCGCAACCCACCGCGCCCUGCACACAGCUACACAGCAGCCCUCACGGCGACCGGUCUACACAAGCUCAGUAACUGACCAUGGCGACCCUCAUCCACGCGACCUCUUUCAGCCCCUUGACACCUUCCCCAGACGUCAUAUCGGCCCUUCGCCAGAUGCCGCAAAGGAAAUGCUGGCCACCCUUGACCCCCCAGUGGCGUCUCUCGAUGAAUUCGUAAAACAGGUGCUCCCUGCAGACAUUCUGUCCAAGAAGGACUUGAAGGUUACCGAUCCUCACGCCAAAACAAAUCUGUACCGGGACAAUGUGGGCGGUGGUCUCGGCGAGACCGAUAUGCUGAAGCUCUUGGAUGUCUACCGGAAGCAAAUCGAUGUUUCUGGCAAGACAUAUAUUGGAACUGGCUAUUACGGCACAAUUGUGCCUCCAGUGAUCCUUCGCAAUGUCCUGGAAAACCCCGCAUGGUACACGAGCUACACCCCCUACCAGCCCGAGAUCAGUCAGGGUCGUCUGGAGUCACUCCUGAACUUCCAAACACUGACUGCCGACUUGACGGGCUUGCCAUUUGCCAAUGCGUCCGUUCUAGACGAAGCCACUGCUGCUGCUGAGGCGAUGACCAUGUCUUUCGCUACUAUGCCUGCUUCAAAACAGAAGAAGCCCGGUAAGGCUUAUGUUGUUUCCCAUCUUUGCCACCCUCAGACAAUCGCCGUGAUGCGGUCGCGCGCCGAGGGCUUCGGCAUCAACCUGGUUAUCGGUGACGUUCUGGCGGAUGACUUCAAGUUGGUAAAGGAACAGGGCGACAAUCUCAUUGGUGUGCUUGCUCAAUAUCCGGAUACUGAGGGUGGCAUCUACGACUUCCAGGCCUUGAGUGACACCAUUCAUGGUGCCGGUGGUACCUUCAGCGUCGCCACGGACUUGAUGGCCUUGACUGUUUUGAAGGCACCCGGAGAGUUUGGAGCUGAUAUCGCGUUCGGUAAUGCUCAGAGGUUCGGUGUUCCUAUGGGAUACGGUGGCCCACAUGCAGCGUUCUUCGCUUGUGUAGACAAGUACAAGCGUAAGGUCCCCGGUCGUGUUGUGGGUGUCUCCAAAGAUCGCCUUGGCAACCGUGCUUUAAGAUUGGCUCUGCAGACACGAGAGCAGCACAUUCGCCGUGAGAAAGCCACUAGCAAUAUCUGCACUGCCCAGGCACUUCUCGCCAAUAUGAGCGCUAUGUACGCUGUUUACCACGGUCCGACUGGUCUGAAAUCCAUUGCUCAACGCAUCAUGUCCAUGACUUCAACUUUGCAGGCGAAGCUUGCUGCUCUGGGCUACAACGUUCCGAUCAAGACCAACGUCGCCGAUGGCGGUGCUGUGUUCGACACCGUUACUGUAGAGUUGCCCACUAGCCAAGAUGCGGACGCCAUUGUCGCUGCUGCCCGGGAACAGUCUAUCUUCCUUCGCCGCGUGAACUCUACCAAGGUCGGUAUCUCUCUGGAUGAGACUAGCGGACGGGAAGAGGUCAAGUCCAUUCUGCAAGUGUUUGCUACUCGUGCUUCCAAGGGUGAAGCGUCUAUUGAUGGAGAGCUCGGUAUCUCCCCACUUCCGGCCAGCCUUGAGCGGACUUCGGAAUAUCUGACUCACCCGGUAUUCAACACCCAUCACUCGGAGACGGAAAUGCUCCGGUACAUCCGUCACCUGGAGUCCAAGGACCUGUCUCUUGCUCACUCUAUGAUCCCUCUGGGCUCUUGCACUAUGAAGCUCAACGCAACCACCGAGAUGAUCCCGAUCUCCUGGCCUGAGUUCUCCCAGAUGCACCCCUUCCUGCCUGCAGAUGUCGCCAAGGGCUACACCCAGAUGAUUGAUGAUCUGGAACAGCAACUCGCCGACAUCACCGGUAUGGCUGAAGUCACUGUCCAGCCUAACUCUGGCGCCCAGGGUGAAUUCGCGGGUCUGCGUGUCAUCAAGAAGUAUCUGGAGGCUAGCGGUGAGUCCAAGCGCAACAUCUGUUUAAUCCCCGUGUCUGCCCACGGAACAAACCCAGCUAGUGCGGCCAUGGCUGGCAUGAAGGUCGUUACCAUUAAGUGUGACACCAAGACUAGCAACUUGGACCUUGAAGAUCUCAAGGCUAAAUGCGAGAAGCACAAGGAUGAGCUGGCUGCUGUUAUGAUCACCUAUCCUAGCACUUUCGGUGUGUACGAGCCUGGUGUUAAGGAGGCCUGUGAAAUCGUGCACCAGCAUGGUGGACAGGUCUACAUGGACGGUGCCAACAUGAACGCGCAGAUUGGUCUCUGCUCUCCUGGCGAGAUUGGUGCGGAUGUUUGCCAUCUCAACCUGCAUAAGACCUUCUGUAUCCCUCACGGUGGUGGAGGUCCUGGUGUGGGUCCUAUCGGUGUUGCAGAGCACCUGCGCCCAUUCCUGCCGUCUCACCCGGCCAGCGAAUACCUUCAGUCUAAGCGUACGGAGUCCUCAUCGCCCCCGAUCAGUGCUGCUCCUUGGGGUAGCGCCAGCAUCCUGCCCAUCACCUUCAACUACAUCAAUAUGAUGGGUGCCAAGGGUCUUACCCACGCGACAAAGAUCACUCUGCUUAACGCCAAUUACAUUCUCUCCCGUCUGAAGGAACACUACCCGAUCCUGUACACCAACGAGAAUGGCCGCUGUGCCCACGAGUUCAUCCUCGAUGUUCGCAAGUUCAAGGAGACCUGCGGUGUUGAGGCCAUCGAUAUUGCCAAGCGUCUCCAGGAUUAUGGCUUCCACGCCCCAACCAUGUCCUGGCCCGUGUCCAACACCCUCAUGAUCGAACCCACCGAGUCGGAGAGCAAGGCGGAGCUGGAUCGCUUCUGCGAUGCUCUGAUCUCUAUUCGCCGGGAGAUUGCUGAGGUGGAGAGCGGCGCACAGCCACGUGAGGGUAACGUGCUGAAGAUGUCCCCUCACACUCAGCGCGAUCUUUUGUCCAAUGAGUGGAACCGCCCGUACACACGGGAGACGGCCGCCUACCCCCUGCCGUACCUGGUGGAGAAGAAGUUCUGGCCUUCGGUGACCCGGGUGGAUGAUGCUUACGGUGACCAAAACCUGUUCUGCACUUGCGGUCCUGUGGAGGAUACUGAGUAG